AUGAGAUUACUAGAGGCAGGGCGGAAUUCGCAAGGCGGCGACAGAGGGCGACAAUGGACCGCCAGUGGCCACUCAUCAAUAUUGAAUCAGUCGAUCCUACAAGCCUCAAAGUUUUCGGAUUCAUCAAACGCUAUACGCGACCAAGAUUUUGCGCUAGGAGGGUGUUCGGGAUUCCUACAGCUUUUCAACGAAAACUCCCCAAAAGAUUCCUCUCUGCUUGUUAUUCCAAAAUUUCGCCGCAAACCCGGUCACCUUACCCCCACUGCGGGCGUUUGGGGCGUGGACUGGACACGAGGCCUUUCCGCCCACAAUAACCGCGUCAAGGCUACCGAGAAGCAGAAUGCGGGUCAUCGUCAUGAGGGUCAAGUCACGAAGCUAGAUUCGCUGGAGUCUUGUGUUUGUUCUCAGCGUAAUCCCAAGACUGUUAUUCGCCAUCUCAACAAGCCAAUGAUAUGCUAUGCUUUACAAUUCAGGAGCUCGCGUCGAUAUCAGGAGCCGUCCUAG